UUCGGGACAAACGUCAGCAUUAAAGCUUCUUCCGCCUCUGUUGUUUCAGUGCAUCCGUAAAGAUGGCGACGAUCGGACGUCUGUCCCAAAAGCUCUUCAAGUCCGUUGCUUCGACCCAGAGCCGUCAGCUCUCAGCUGUAGCUCACGGCGAGCAAGCAGCCAAGACAUGGAAGAUAUUGUCGUUCGUGGUGGCUCUGCCUGGAGUGGCUGUGUGUAUGGUGAAUAUGUAUCUGCGCUCUCAGCAGCACAACCAUGGACAACCUGAGUUCAUUCCCUACACCCAUCUGCGCAUCCGCAGCAAGCGUUUCCCAUGGGGUGAUGGCAACAAGUCGCUCUUCCAUAAUCCCCAUGCCAACCCUCUCCCUGACGGCUAUGAGCAUCACGAUGAGUAAAGGGUGUUAGGAACGUACCCUGAUCUACCUUACAGGGACCACAGGCCUGGACCACUCCUCAGUUUUAUUCAGUUUACGUGACGUCUCUUCAGUAUGUUGAGCUUACCUCUGUGCUGCACACGCCUUGUGUGAAAGCACCUUAUGGAAAGAGUUACAUCUACUCCUGGACCAUUGUAUCACACUGUCUGCUUAAACUUACCUGAAAAAUAAAAAUCUUUUCUUUAACUUAUAAA